UCUCUUUCCCGUCUUCGUCGUCUUCUUCCUCCUCCUCGAGAUUUUGGGGGAGCGGGAGAAAUUAGGGUUUCGGCAUGGAAGGGGAGGAGAUAGGGUUGGUUCUAGCCCGGGCGUCGGAGCUGCGAACGAAGAUCACCGAUUGCAUUGGACGGGGCGGAGGAGACGAGCUCCAGCGAGGACGAAGGGCGGAGGAGGAUGAGGAGGAGCGAGACGGGGAAGGGGUAGAGGAAGAGGAAGAAGAAGAGGCGGAGAGCCUUCUUAGUAUCCGCGAUGCCCUAGAAUCGUUGGAGCAGCAGCUCGCAUCGUUGCAGGCUCUUCAACAGCAACAAAGAUACGAGAGAGAAUCGAUCCUGAACCAGAUCGACCGUAGCCGCAGGAUCUUGCUAACCAAACUAAGAUCAUACAAAGGUCAAGACUGGGAAGUCAUUCACGAGGCUGCAGCCUUUGCUGGUGAGAAAGUCGAGCACGACGAAGGCCUCAUCCUCCCUCCUUAUCCAACCCACCUCGCCAACUCAUUUGUUUUGGAUGAUCUCUAUCCUCCGGACUUCUCUUUUAAGUCUAAGCUCGCGAGAAAUGGAUCCAUUUCUGAACCCAUCGUACAUGAAGCUAACAAGAGGAGAACGGGCGAACCAGAAAAGAACCGUAAAUCGGCAGGAAUAAGGUUUUUGUUUGGAUGGUUCGCCAAAUCAGUAAUUACAGUUGUUAGUGUCUUGUCCAUGCUUAAAUUAGCUGGGUAUAAACCAACUAUGGGAAAAGGCGGCAUCAAAUUCGAGGCUCGAGGACUUUUCGGUAAAGCAGCUGGAGAUGAGGGAGCGGAUUCUCUCGAGUGCCCUCCAGGGAAAGUUCUGGUGAUCGAAGAUGGAAAGGCCCGCUGUCUCGUGAAGGAAAGAGUCGAGAUCCCGUUCGAAUCAGAUGUUACGGCUCCAAAUGUAAGAUAUGGUUUCGGAUGAAUGAUAUGUGCCAACGUAAAAUGUGAGUUUUAUUUCUUCUUGGGGCAUAAUGUAGGGGCUUCUUUUCUCGCUUCUUCCUCCACGAUUUUGAGUAGCGCAGUUAAUAUUGUAUGAUAUUUGGGCUAAAGUGGUCUCUCAUCUUAUGCUCAGGGAGUGAGUGCGUUCGCUUCUUCACUGUUUAUGGGAUUUUGACCUUGAGUUUUGUCACGUUUCAUCUUGACUUGAUAGCUUACAAGUUCAUUUUCCUUGUUAGUUUGUUUAAUUCGCCAUUCGUUAGCAUAAA